UCUGAUCAACAUGAGCUCAGGGAAACGUUGCCUAAUAAGUAAAUUCUGUGGCGUGCUAAUUGUUCUGGCCAUGGUUUCUGUGGUGACCAUCGUCACGUUGUGGACUAUUGCCCUGACAGGAGGUGAAGGUGACGAUGGAGUUGACAUCACAGCUCCUUGGGACAGGUUUCGUCUUCCAUUGUCGUUAGUUCCGCAUGGCUAUGACAUCACACUGUGGCCUCGUCUGAGCCCUGACCCAGGCAGCGCCCUCUACUUGUUUACAGGGAGGUCAAGUGUGGAGUUUGAGUGUGUGACAGAAACAGACCUGAUCCUGAUUCACUCCAACAAACUCAACUACAGUGAGGAGCGGAGUCACAUGAUCACUGCUGCAGGUGGUGGUGCUGCGCCUGGUAUAAAGUCCUGGUGGCUCUACUCUAAGACUCAGUACCUGGUCAUUGAACUGGAGGGUAAACUGAGAAAAGGACAUCGGUACCAGCUCCACUCUGAGUUCUCUGGAGAACUGGCUGACGACCUCGCUGGUUUUUACAGGAGUGAAUAUGUCGAGGGCGGAGUCAGGAAGAUUGUCGCCACCUCUCAGAUGCACCCCACCCACGCCAGGAAAACCUUCCCGUGUUUCGACGAGCCGGCGAUGAAAGCUGUUUUUAACAUCACCGUCCUUCACCCUCCUGGAACCGUGGCUCUGUCCAACGGCGAGGAGACGGACAUUGUAAACCGCACAAUCAAUGGAGAAACUGUGACACAGACAAAGUUUGAACAAACCAAAGUAAUGUCAACAUACCUGUUGGCCAUCAUUGUCUGUGACUUUGCUAACAUCAGCGCCACCCAGGGGCACACACUGAUUCGAAUCUGGGCUCGAAGGACAGCCAUCCAACUGGGUCAAGGAGACUACGCCCUCCGGGUGACCGGGCCGGUACUGCAGUUCUUUCAGUCCUACUACAACAUCUCAUAUCCACUCAGUAAAUCAGAUCAAAUCGCUCUGCCCGACUUCUACUUCGGUGCCAUGGAGAACUGGGGUUUGGUGACGUACAGAGAAGCGAACCUUCUCUACGACCCGCUGACGUCGUCGUCGGGGAACAAAGAGACCACAGCGACCAUCAUCGCUCACGAACUCGCUCACAUGUGGUUUGGUAACCUGGUGACUCUGCGCUGGUGGAACGAGGUUUGGUUGAACGAGGGUUUCGCCACCUACGUGUCGUACCUGGGAGCAGACCACGCUGAGCCAACGUGGAACGUGAAAGACCUGAUCGUUCUGGAAGACGUCCACAGAUCGUUUGCAAUCGAUGCCCUGACGUCGUCUCACCCUCUGUCCUCCAAGGAAGAUGACAUCGUCCUCCCCGAGCAAAUUAUGCAGCAGUUUGAUGCUAUCUCUUACAGCAAGGGUGCAGCCGUUCUGAGGAUGUUGUCGGACUUUCUCUCCGAAUCAGUUUUUGUUCAAGGACUGAGUACUUAUCUGAGUCACUUUGCCGAAAGUAACACGGAAGGAACCGAUCUGUGGAACCACCUGGAAAUGGCGGUGAAAGCCAACAACAUGUCACUUCCUCUUCCUGUUGAUGACAUCAUGAAGCCCUGGGUCCUGCAGAUGGGCUUCCCUGUGGUUACCAUAGAUACCAGCACAGGAAACGUGUCACAGAUGUACUUCCUGCUGGAUCCAGAGUCCAACGUCACAGUCCAGUCUCCAUACAAGUACGAGUGGCUGAUUCCUGUCAGAUGGAUGAAGUCAGGUGACGUUAAGAGCGACAUCUGGUGGCUGCUGAAGAAAAAUGUUGUGAACCUGGAGAUGAGGAGUGGUGGAUUGUGGGUACUGGCAAACGUUAACGUGACUGGAUAUUUCCGUGUAAACUACGACCUGGGAAACUGGGAGAGACUGCUGAGCCAGCUUCACUCCCAGCAUAAGGUGAUUCCAGUGUUGAACCGAGCUCAGUUGAUUGACGACGCUUUCAAUCUGGCCAGGGCUGAGAUGAUCUCCACCAGCCUGGCUCUCAGGACCACCGUCUACCUGCAGGGGGAGACAGAGUACAUUCCCUGGCAGUCGGCUCUAAAUAACCUGUACUAUUAUUACCUGAUGUUGGACCGCACAGAAGUGUAUCAACCAAUGCAGAACUACAUGAAGAAGCUGGUGACUCCACUUUUCUUCUACUUUGAGAAGAUGACGUCAAACUGGACCGAGGUUCCUGAGACACUUACUGACCAGUACAACCAGGUGAACGCUCUGCAGGUGGCCUGUAGGAGUGCUGUGUCCGAGUGUCAGCAGCUGACCACCACCUGGUUCAACCAGUGGAUGGAGAAUCCUCACAGUAAUCCGAUUGGACCUAAUCUACGGACGGUGGUGUACUGCAGUGUGGUGGAGGGCGGGGGUGACACGGAGUGGGACUACGUCUGGUCACAGUUUAAAAACGCCACGUUGGCGAGCGAAGCAGCAAAACUGAUGUCAGCGUUGGCCUGCUCCGCCCACCCACACCUGCUGCAGAGACUGCUCUCCUACACUUUAGAUCCUGAGAGGAUCCGUAAACAGGACGCGUCGUCCGUCAUCACGUCUGUGGCUAAAAACAGAGCGGGACAGAGUUUGGCCUGGAACUUUGUCAGAGAGAACUGGAACUAUAUGUUCACACAAUACGGCGUCGGCUCCUUCUCCUUCUCCUCCAUCAUCACCGGCGUCACCAGGAGGUUUUCUACUGAGGCAGAACUUCAACAGCUGAAGGACUUCAUCCAAGAGCACAGUCACAUCGGCUUUGGCUCCGCCUCCCUGGCCGUGGAGCAGGCGCUGGAGACGACCAUCGCCAACAUCAAGUGGCUGGAGACGAACAAGAACGAGGUUCUGGAGUGGUUCAGCAACCAGACUGGUCCCUUGUCCACCGUUAGUCCCAAUCCAGUGUGAGUCCUGGUCUGUCAUGAAUUCACUGUGAGAUUUUAGUCAGGUUUUAGCUAACGUAGCUAUCUUAGCUCAGUAGAUAAAAACAGAAUUAAAAAAAAAAAUUACAUUUAGAAAAACCAAAUUAUAAACAUUGAUUAUUUGUAGGGAUGUCCGAUAUUAUCAGCCCGAUAUUAGCAUAAUCAUGUAAUAUUUGUAAGAAUCGUUAUUGGUUUUUUCCUCCGAUAAUGAAAACCAGAAAACAAUGAUUGGGUUUCGCCAAAUCAUGUCUGACCUAGAAAUAGUUUUGAGGAAAAUUGCUGUAUAUGAAAGCCACUAGAUGGCAGCAUUGCAGCUCGUUUUUAUUAAUCUAUUUUAAUAAUCAGGGGAUUGUAUGUAGAAUGCUGGUGCCAGCAACUCGUACAGUGGUUUGAACAGAUAAAUAAAUAAAUAUUACCAGGCCUAUAUUGGUAUCGGAAUCAGAAAUUAAGUGUUUGGACAAUAUCAGCAUAUCGGCAAAACGUAACAUCGGACAUCCCUAAUUAUUAUGUUUAGCUUAAGACUUUCUUUAUGUUUACCUUUUAUACCGAUGAUGAUGUUGAACAUGUUCAUUUCUAAAUGAAGAUCAACAAAAAUUUGAAUGCGUUUUUUUAAUGAUAGCCACUGAACAGCAAAAUCAGAACAAACUUUUUGUUCAGUUUUGUCAAAGACACAAAAACAAACCAAUUUUUUAACUUUUUUAAAAAGUUAACAAAAAUUUACUAACCAAAAAAUUUAACACGAGUUUUAAUAAACGUUGAUACCUCAUUUCCACAGAACUUUCCUGCAUGAAUAUGUCGAUGAAUUCUUCCCCCUAGUGUUCCCGGAGCCAAAGUACAUUUCUUUUCAAAUGAGAGGGAAAACAAAAAAAAAAUUUUUACAUUUUUAAUACAAACACAUCAAGAUAAAAAUUAAGGAACAAACAGGACUCAAAGAAACGUGAAUGUAGAACAGAGAACAUUAACCUAAACUGUUAACUUGACGUUCAUGCACUAAAAUACAGCAGUUCUAAGUUCUACUAAUAUUAUCUAUUAUUUUUUUUUAUCAAAUUAAUGAAUUUCCUGUGGAAACGAGGUGUCGUUAAUAAACAAACACCAGGAAAUAACGUUGUUGAACGAAUGGUGACGGACCUGAGGCGGUGAUGCUAAUGUGCCUCAGUUUGUUAGUGUGAUCCAGCAAAGCCUUAAAUAAACCGUGGUAGUAAACCAAAACAAAAAUCAUGCUCCACCUACUGGCAGUCACUAGAAUUGCAGUUGUAAUUUGUUAUAUUCAGCUGUUUGUUUUUCCUGUCGUUGAACUUCCUGUGUAAUUUUCAAUCGUUUUUGUACAAAUGGAGCAUUUCCUUGACCUGUUAGCACAUGCUAAACCAAGUGAGAACACCAAUGAAACUGCAUCUCAAUGAGCAAAUAAAAUCACGUUAACAUAAUGCUAACAAUACAACUAGGAGCUAGUUCUUAUUUUUCUUUUCUGUACGUUGCUCCUCACAGAACUCUUUAAACACUGUCUGUUCAAAAAAAAUGUUUUUCAAUUUAGUAUUUUAUUCUUAAUUUGAAAUGUAUGUAGCUCACUGCAUCCAAAUGUCAAACUGGGAAAUGGGCCACGUCCCUGAAAAGACCACAAAUUAAAUUAGCAUUAAAAAAAA